CGCACCACUGCAGCAGUGUUGAGCAUUCUACGCUAUGGUGUAGACGUGUACGCACGAUGGGUAGAACAUUUUGGGUGAAUUUAUUUUUCGGGGUCAGUUUUUUCGUUUGCUAUCUUCACGAUGGCGACAUUUUGCCGAAUGGAUUGACCGUCGCUUCGGUGGUUGCGAAUGGUCUUAAAAAGGCAACUGAAUUCUUUACUCCACCCAAAAAAGAAAAUCGUGGGAAUUUGAUUUACAGAAUGUUGAUCAAAGCGGCAGCAUUUGUUGGCCCUCCACCUCCUCCGAAAUCCAAUUGGGAAAUCGCCCAGGAACUGCUUAAUACCGUGGUGAAAACCCUUGGGAUUUUGAAGUUCUUGUACAACGGUAUCACUUUUGUCACUUUUGCCCUUAGAAUACUAGCCGAAGUAUUUCGGUGGCAUAUAAUACAUAAUUUACAUUAAAGUUGUUUAUGUUUAGCCGUUUGUUUGUGGGUGAAAAAAGUAGUGACUUUACAUAAUACAGCCUGUUGUAAGAAAAUAAGCUCAG